AUGGGCGUGGCGCCCGACGAUGUCUCCAUACGGGCGAAUAUCUGCUACAACUUCCUUGCCUUCUCCGCCUACUGGUUUGGCGCCGCGCGUUUCGACAUGGACGGUGAUGGUGGUUUCGACGCAGCGGACGCGCAGGCCAUGAUGAACAGAAGAAGCAAGGCGAUCUUGCUCAAUUUCUCGCGGCCAGCCACAUGCAAGAAGGCGAAGGGAGCGCGCCGAUUCAAGGUUGAGGCGAAGAGGCAGAGAGCAGGUCAGAGCAUCAGCGACACGGUCGACGGCAUCUUCGACGCUGACGUCGAGGAGGAGGAAGACGAGAUCAUGGACAACCUAAUGCAGUAUUGGCCCUGGUUUUCCGUCACUGAGGUGCUCUUGUGCCUCGGCUUUUGGGGCGUGAGCGCGUUCAACACGAGGGCCUACUCAUAA